AUGCGCUACUCGCGCCAGCUCUGGUUCGGCCUCGGCCUCAUUAGUCAACUCGUCACCGCUGUAACCCCCGAGGUUUACAACAACGGUGACUGUACCCGUCCUCGACGUUUCCGCGGCUUGGCACAUAUCAAUGCUUUGAUGAGGCGUUCUGCUGAUACCUUCGAUGCUUCCCGCGGUGUUCCCCUCCUCGCUUCGUCUGCGCCAAAUCAAAUGUCGAAAAUUGUGGGGCUCGGUAAACGGUCCCCCGCGGUCCCCUCAGGUGUUAGCGUCAGCGUCAGAGCCAAUGUUGAGGUUGGUGGUCAAAGUAGAUUACAGCCAUGUGAUGAUGGUUGCGAGCAUCCUUACCCUCCUCCAAGUGAAGAGCCGAUCGUCAUUAGUGGUCCUGGAACGCUUCCGCGGAGCGAUAGCUAUCUCACCCUUGACGACACGCGUACGGGACUGCUGUUGGACGACGAGCCUUUCAGACCUGUGGGGAUCAGUGAGUCAAAUGCCAGAUCUUCUUUCAAAUUCAGUCGGUUUAGAUGUACUGAUGUCAAUAUCUACUAGACAUUUUUUGUCCGUUGCAAAACUCACACGCACGGACCGGACGCGCAUUGCCUCCUCUUCGUUCUCGUGCUGGCUAUUAGUACGUGUCCUAACGACUGCUCCACGUGUCAUCAUAGGGCUUUGCAACGACAAAAACAUCGAAGGGCGGCCCAAAGGCUACCCUACCGAUAAAACACGAGUUCAAGAAGCCUUAGCCGCCGCGGUCGCGAUGGGUGCCAACACAGUGCGAAUCGGCUCCUGCGGAACCUCGCUUGGCUUCCACGAUGCGAUUCAGCCUGACCUUCAUCACUAUGCCGAUGACGACGGGAUGGACAUCCAUGACUAUGCGAUCUGGGCUGCUUGACUGUACGACCGUAAGAAUCGUUUUUUCUCAGGUCUUACUUGGCCGUUCGUGACGUCGGGAAGUGUUGCGCAGUCAAGGUGAUUCUGACCUUAACCGACAACUACGACUACUACCAUGGUGGCAAGUACACAAUCCUGCGUUGGCUUGGGGAACCAACCGUCGAUGCCGGAGCGCGCUUCUUCGCUGAUGAGAGACCGAUUCAAGUUUACUUGCGCUACGCCAAGUGGGGUGCGUAGAUGUUGCACACAGACCACGCCACGGGAUACUGAUCGAUCUCCGUCUCGCACACUCAGUUCUAGGCAGGGUCAAUCGGUACAACAACAUCGCCUACGGCGAAGAUCCUACUGUCUCGAUCAUCGAAACCGGCAACGAAUUGGGUGCCUACAUGGGGAAAGAAGGUUACCCACCCCUCAAUUGGACGGAUCGGGUUGCGCAGCGCAUCAAGCAACUGGCGCCCCUGGCCUUGGUCAUGGACGGCACGGAUGGUAUCUACAAGUAAGUCCAUAAUUUUUAAAGAGUUUUUGAGGGCGCGUAGGACUGACAGAGCGAGUCUCAUCAUGGCAGCUGGUCCAAUAAGCAAUCUUCCUGCCGGGCGCGCGGCAUAUGUCCGACCUGACACCUUCUCCCACCCCUCGGUUGACGGUCGUUCAGCAAAAGCCACGGCUCCAGGUUUGCUGUCACCUCACGUCGAUAUCGUCACGGACCACCCAUACCCUCGAGACAUUAACCUGUUCCGAACACAGGCGAAACUCGCCAAAUCCGCAAACAAGGUCUUCCUCCUCGGCGAAAUGAACUGGCUGCCCACGGGCGCCACCAAUGCGAAGUUGUCCGACUACCUUGAAGUCCUUGACAAUUAUCCAAGCGGUAAGAAUCAUCGCGGUAUUCCACUAGCAUGUGCUGACUCGCGCUACUACUUGAUGUGCUACAUAGUCGGUGUGCUCGUCUGGAGCCUUUUCGCACACGACUCGCAGUGCUCGGACUACGUCCUUCACAACGAUAGCUAUUCCAUUUAUUACCCCGAUGGUGAGUUGUGAUCCCUAUGGAUAAACAGAAUGGUCGAUGUGCCUACUCAUCGCCGUUCCUUGCAUGUCCUCGCAGGUCCAAACACGCCUGAGGAAAAGCAGAACAUCUGGUCGCUCGUGCAGUGGUUCUACCGCGUGACAGAUCGCGCGGUCCCCGCGGUCCUUCCUGUUCAAGCAUGCCCCCAAGAGGUGUUUUGA